AUGGUACGUGCCGGCCCAAUCCCGCGUAUCUCGACUCCGCGCGUCGUGCCCGCCGUGCCCCGCUCGUCGUCGCCAACACCGACGCCACGGAGCUCGUACGCCAGCAGCGUGCCCGCCACGCCGGCCCCCUCGGCGCCGACAAGCCGCGCCGCGUCCCCGCCACCGCGGCAGGUCGACUUCGUGCCCUCGCUCUCGUAUGACAGCCUCGCGCACCUGAUAGUCGACGCGCCGCCGGCGUACACGCGCCGCGAGACCCCAGCGCCGAGCUACACCCCGCCACAGGUGCUGCACGCGCCGCGCGCGUCGCGCCCAGCGGCAGAAAGAGAUAACAACCCCCACCCGCUCGUGCGCACCUUCAAGAGUGCCGGGCGCGGCGUCGCCUCCGUCGUUGGCGACGCCCUCAUCCGUGGCGGCAGCGGCAGCUCGGGCAGCGAGCUCUUCGCCAGCAGUGUGCGUGCUGAGCGACCACGGUCAAAGUGA